CCCGGUUGAAAAGUUGAAAAGCCAAAAAAUUAUUUCGUUCAAUAGUGUCUUUACUACUCCUUCGUUCAACAGGCUUACACACUCCAAAUAAAAGCAAUGGCAUUUUGUGGCCACGUCAGCGCCUCAGGGGAAAUAGUCCUCAGGGACGAGAUCUUCGCCAGCAGGACCCGCGUAAGGAGAUCCUCAUCGCCCAACGACUCUCCCAACUCGUUGUCGUCGACGGAUUCACUCCUUCAAGGCACCGCUACCACACGGACGUACUCCUUUAAGGACGAAAGCGACCAUCCGUCGAAUAAAUCUACGGAUAAUUGGUCGGUCAUGUACGCCGGAGUCAAGCGAUCGGAGAGCCAGAGCAACUUGGUGCCCUCGCUGUGUCUCAGCUCUCGAGAGAGCUCCCUCAACUACCUCAGACACAUAGAAGGAAUAAAGGUGGACCGCGAGCCAGAGGCGGCCUAUGAGAACUGGUACUCGGCCAAGCAAAGGCAGCUCCUGGAGAGGCAGCGGCGGCUGAAGAAGGAGCAGGACUUCAAGCAGCAGCGGGCGGAAGAGCGCAAGCAACUGGCCCGGAUGUGCUACGACCAGUGGCUGAAGGACAAGGCUCGCCAGGCGGCGAAUCUGCAACUGGAAACCCACCUCCACACGGCGGCCAUGAAGGCCAGCUUUGCGCUACGCAAGGACCCCUUGCUAUCCACAUCUGCCUCAUUGGGCUCAUCUGGCUCCAGCUCUUCGGCGACCAACAGACCCAGUCGCAAGGUGUCCAAGGACGAGAUCCGAAAGGUGGUGGAGGACUGGUGGCUGAAGAAGCAGCGGCAGCAGCAGGUGCAGCGCGAGGAGAAGCGUCGCGCAAUGUUGUCCAAGGCGCUGGAGGAGGAACGGCGCAAGCGACUCGCCCAGGUGGCCUGGGAGAAGUGGAUGAGCAACGUGGACGCGAAGCCCAAGCCGGUGCCCCUCAACCAGGGCAUGGACUCCCUGCGAGGCACCAUCUCGCAGCUCUACGUCAACCCCGCUCCCUGGAUGGGUCCUCUGAAGCCGCCGCAGAAGUAAGCCGUCUCCAUUCAGUUUCCAUUCGUCUAUGCAAACUUCAUCAGUAAUUCAAAUCGCCCAAAAAUUGUUCAAAUAUAGUGUCGUUGUUGUUCAUGCUUAUGGGAAAAGUAUAAAAAAUGUAAUAUGAAUUGGUUUAAAUAUACCUUCUAAGUAAAAUGGCCAAACACUAUCGCCAAGCAAUUCAAAAGUCAA